GUGAAAACGAAUUCCGAGUUCCACUUGGUGUACCGUUUUUGCGCGGUGACAGGACAGUCCUCUUGCGGCAUUUACCAAGGUAGGUCCUACUCGAUCGCUCCGUUCCUCGUUCAAACCGUUCGCUGCAGGCUGUGAAAGUUUUUUGACACACACAUACACCUCUAGAUUUUUACGCGUUCGAAAGUGCCAUCGCAUCGCGCUACAUAAACUUUCUGUGAUAUCGUUAAAAAGUAGAAAUUUUAAAAAAUGUCGGCAAAAGCUAUACGAGAGGCGACGGGGAAACACCUGAUUAACAAAUACCUCGGCGGUAACACAGCGGCUGUACAAUGCAGAUUUGCUUCAGUCGAGGCGGACACUAAAUUCUCUGAAUUAGUAAGCAACAACCCAUGGUUGAAAACUGAAAAACUAGUCGUUAAACCUGAUCAACUAAUCAAAAGGAGAGGAAAAUUAGGACUGAUAGCCGUAAAUAAAGAUUUAAACACUGUCGUGGAUUGGGUAAAUGAACGCAUGAACCAAAAUCAAAAAGUCGGCAAUGCCACAGGAAAACUACGGAACUUCAUUAUCGAACCUUUCGUUCCACACAAGCAAGAAGAAGAGGCCUAUGUUUGCAUAUACUCGCAUCGUCACGCAGACACUAUCCUUUUUUACCACGAAGGGGGUGUCGAUAUCGGUGAUGUCGACAGCAAAGCUGUUAAAUUAGAUAUUCCUGUGGGGGAGACUGUGGACGCAGGAACUAUUUCUAAGGUACUACUAGGAGAAGUUCCAGCAGCCAAAAAACAGAUGGUAGCUGAUUUUAUAGCCAACCUUUACAAACUCUACGUGGACUUGUACUUCACAUACUUAGAAAUCAAUCCGUUGGUCGUGACUGAUAAGGAGAUCUACAUUUUGGACUUAGCCGCCAAAUUAGAUGCCACUGCCGAUUUUAUAUGCAAGCCACAAUGGGGCGAAAUCGAUUAUCCUCCACCUUUCGGACGUGAUGCAUACCCAGAGGAAGCCUAUAUAGCCGACUUAGAUUCAAAAUCUGGAGCUAGUCUUAAACUGACAAUUCUCAAUAAAUCCGGUAGAAUAUGGACAAUGGUAGCUGGAGGUGGAGCUUCUGUUAUUUACAGUGACACCAUCUGUGAUUUAGGAGGAGCUAGUGAACUCGCCAACUAUGGGGAAUACUCAGGUGCACCAACUGAACAACAAACUUACGAAUAUGCCAAAACUAUUCUUUCCUUGAUGACGCAAGAAAAACAUCCUAAAGGAAAAGUUUUGAUUACCGGAGGAGGUAUUGCCAAUUUCACUAAUGUAGCUGCCACUUUCCGCGGUAUUAUCACCGCUUUGGUAGAGUUCAGAGAAAGGUUGAUAGAACACAAAAUCUCCAUCUUCGUCAGAAGAGCUGGACCCAAUUACCAGGAAGGUUUAAGGAGAAUGAGAGAAGUCGGACAGACUUUGGGUAUUCCUUUGUACGUAUUCGGACCUGAAACUCACAUGACUGCUAUUUGUGGUAUGGCAUUGGGUACUCGUACAAUUCCACCAGAAAAUCAUGUAGAAACUGCCACAGCAAAUUUCGCUCUUCCUAGCGGUGAAAAAGAACCCAACAAACAGCAUCUAGCAAGCAAAGAUGGCGCCAAACCAGCAGCUCCUCCGGCAAGAAAUUUGGUGAUGGAUCACAUCUAUUCAAUAUUGAAAUUUGGUGCCAAAGAUUCCAACCAGGAAAAUGUAUCAAACAACGUACACCUUUCAUCACCAUCAUCGACAGAGGGAGACUCAAAAGCCCUUCCAAUGUUCACCAACAACACUAAAGCCAUAAUUUGGGGAAUGCAGAACCGUGCCAUCCAGAGCAUGCUCGACUUUGAUUUCGUGUGCAACAGAAAAAGUCCCAGCGUUGUAGCAAUAAUCUAUCCCUUCACUGGCGACCACAAGCAAAAAUACUACUGGGGGCACAAAGAAAUACUCAUUCCGGUCUAUAAACAAAUGAAGGAUGCGAUGACGAAACAUCCCGACGCUGACGUCCUUGUUAACUUCGCUUCAUUACGUUCAGCUUAUUCUAGCACCGUGGAAACCAUGGAGUAUCCACAAAUCAGAACGAUUGCCAUCAUUGCUGAAGGUAUUCCAGAAAACUACACCAGAAAGUUGAUCAAGUUGGCUGACGAGAAGAAGGUUUCUAUUAUUGGACCUGCCACUGUUGGUGGAGUUAAACCAGGUUGCUUUAAGAUUGGUAACACUGGAGGUAUGAUGGACAACAUCUUACACUCAAAAUUGUACAGACCAGGUAGUGUAGCUUACGUCUCAAGAUCUGGUGGUAUGUCGAACGAAUUAAACAACAUCGUAUCCAAAGCAACCGACGGUGUCUACGAAGGUGUAGCCAUCGGUGGAGACAGAUAUCCUGGAACUACUUUUAUGGAUCACAUUAUGAGAUAUCAAGCUGAUGAUAAUAUUAAGAUGAUCAUCCUUCUUGGUGAAGUAGGAGGUACUGAGGAAUAUCAAGUGUGUAAAGCAUUGCAAACCAAACAAAUUACAAAACCUUUGGUAGCUUGGUGUAUAGGAACUUGCGCUGGAAUGUUCACUUCAGAAGUUCAAUUCGGCCAUGCAGGAUCUUGCGCUAACUCAAACCAAGAAACUGCCACAGCUAAGAACGAAGCUCUAAAGGCAGCCGGUGCCCACGUACCUGAUUCUUUCGAUUACUUAGGUGAUAUUGUUGGCAAAGUAUACGAGCAGCUUGUAAAACAAGGCGUGAUAGUACCAAAACCAGAAGUUCCUCCACCAACCGUGCCAAUGGACUACAGUUGGGCUCGUGAGUUGGGACUUAUUAGAAAACCCGCCAGCUUCAUGACUUCCAUCUGUGAUGAAAGAGGACAAGAACUCAUAUAUGCAGGUAUGCCCAUUUCUGACGUCCUUCAAAAGAAUGUUGGCAUCGGCGGAGUCAUAUCGCUUUUGUGGUUCCAACGAUGCUUACCUCCAUACGUCUGCAAAUUCUUCGAGAUGUGUUUGAUGGUGACAGCCGAUCAUGGACCUGCAGUAUCAGGAGCUCACAACACCAUAGUCUGUGCCCGUGCUGGUAAAGAUCUAGUUUCCAGUUUGGUAUCCGGUCUUCUCACGAUCGGUGACAGGUUCGGUGGAGCUUUGGACGGUGCAGCUAAGAUGUUCAGUGAAGCGUAUGACAAAGGUAUGCAUCCUGCCGAAUUCGUUAACCACAUGAGGAAUAAAGGUCAGCUCAUCAUGGGUAUUGGCCACAGAGUCAAAUCUAUUAACAACCCCGACCAGAGAGUAAAAAUAGUCAAAGAGUUCGUCAUGGCUAACUUCCCCGCCACUCCUUUACUUCAAUACGCCCUAGAAGUAGAAAAAAUCACCACCAGCAAGAAACCCAACCUCAUCCUUAACGUCGACGGUGUCAUUGCAUGCUCCUUUGUAGAUAUGUUAAGGAACUGUGGUGUCUUCACAAGGGAAGAAGCCCAAGAAUACAUCGACAUUGGUGCUAUCAACUCAUUAUUCGUCCUUGGUAGAUCCAUCGGUUUCAUCGGCCACUACAUGGACCAAAAGAGACUCAAACAAGGAUUGUACAGGCACCCAUGGGAUGACAUUUCAUACGUUCUACCUGAACAAUAUAACAAUGAUAAUUAGAGAAUAGCAUUUAACUAGGUAAAAUCUUGUAAUUAUUGACCGAUAGAGGUCUAAGCACUUACCGUGGCACCUUUACGCAAUCGGCUCAGUGUGUAAGAUUUAGUUUUUUAGGAUCCAAAUUUUCGAGGAGAUGAAACUAAUUAUCACUUUAUAUAGCUAACACUAUAUUGAAACAUCAAUAUAGUGUUAACUAUAUUGAUGUUUCAAUAAUCUGAUGUUUUUAUUUCUUUGUUUAUAUUAUUACAAAGCUGUUUGUGUAUCUGUGGCAUCGCAGCUGUAUGAUCGUCUAUGAAAAGAAUAGUAAAUAGGAAAAACUAUUAAUGUUUCCGUCUUCUGCAACGAAAUUUAUAGUGUAUUAUUCUCAUAUAGUGUUCCAAAGCUGUGAUUGUAGGCUUAACUAAUACCUCAAAAAUCUUUUGGUGCCUAAAAAUUAUUUUUUAUACACUUAGUCUUUUUGUAAAAACAGUUUUAAUUGAUAAAUCUGUACCAAAUGGUUACCGUUUGUCUUGAUGUUAACAACACAGUUACUGUUAACAUUAGUACAAAAUAUAUGCGUGUUUCAUAAUGCAAAUAAUGAUUAGUAUGCACCUAUCGUAAUUGAAGUUGAAUGGUAAAUAUAUCUAGUAGAUCCAACCGUCAUUUGUAUCAAGGUUACUUUUUUGCUUUUGCAUUAUGAACUAACUGCUUAGAUUUUCGUCUUUAUAUAUAAUCGAGGCGGAAUAUCGUUGUUGACCAUAACAUUAUCGUUUUCCAUGUUAUUUUAAUAAUAAUUAUUUUUAGAUUUUUUAUAUUGUAGACGUUAUUUAUUUUUGAAAAAUUAUGUUGUAAUAUUAUGAUUUAAAAUUUUGUAAAUGGUAGGAUUUUCUGAUAAAUAUAAGUGUUUUAUUUUUGUGAAAGUCAUUCACAUGGAUCAAUGUUUGACUAUUUUGUUAACAUGGCGGAUUUGAUCAUAAAUAUAAUUUUAUUUCAUAUA